AUGGAUAGCAAAAGGAAACUACGCAAGAGGGUUGCCAUGUUUCUGAGUGGCUUUAACCUCUUGCAACCAGUUCGUGUGGCUCUAAACUGUGCUAUUUACACGGUUACAAGGUUUAAAAUACCAACCAGCAAGCUUGGACUCUUUAUAAACAUGACAAACAUCUCCAUCACCGUGGCUUCAAGUGCCAGUUGCAUACUCAUGUCCCUCUACUUGAUUCUAAUUGCUCCAAACUUUGGACUCUCAAAGUAUAAUCGGUAUCUCUCUAUUGGUACAAACUGGCUAGUGUUCAUCUUUGACCUGUUCACCUUGAUAGCAUUUAGCACCGGAGGGGGAAAUGGACAUAUAACUUUCUACUAUUGGAUGAUUGUAAUGAGUGCAUUUUCAUUCGGUCUCACAGAGGCUAUAAUCCCUACAAUUGAUCCUUAUAAUAUUCCAUUUUUCACGUUUGGAGUUCCAUUUUCAGCCAUUCAGGUGUUUUUGUAUCAUAUCUUUUUUCUCUACAUUGCAGCUAAACUAAAACUGAAGGAUAUUAGCUACAAGAUUGUUGUUGGACAACUCUCCAUCUCUAUCAUACUCUCUCUUGGGGUGGCGGUAAUAUGGACACUUUCGUACUAUGAAUUAAAGGAAUCCAAGAGUAGAGAUUACAUUCAGCUACAAAUUGAACAAACUGGAAACUACUCCUGCAAGGUUAAUGGAACGCCAUCUAAAACUGAUGAAGUCAAGGGAACAGAAAUUGCAGUAGUAGAAGAGCAAAAUGCUCUGGUUGGAUAUAGAAAAUACAAACAUUUGAGUGAUGCAAACCAUACAGUGUCUGGGUUAUCAAAUAAGGAUAUAUGUAUUGAAGGCAUUACACUACCCACAGAGACAUUUAUAUCUGCAUGCGUUUACAUGGCAACUGGCGAAAAUGUACCUCUCCUAGUAGAGCUAUGCACCGAAAGGAGACGUGGUUCCGUUCCAAAUUACACCUACUAUUUCAAGUGCCAAGAUUCGCAAUGGAAGGGCUAUAUUAGGUAUGACAAUUCCAAACUCUAUGAUCAUACUGAAAUUGCACUGGUACUUCCAAGGCUCAAGUUUGGUCUUUUAGAAAAUUUAAAGUUUUGCUAUCCAGAAGUUACGGAUAACAUGCUACCAAAUGACAAAAACAAAGAUUUAUUCAAGGCAGUAAAGGGUGCAAAGUCCCCAAUCCUUAUUUAUACGCUUGCACUCGGAACAAUUUAUGCUUUUUAUCCAUCGGUCAUCCCAUACAAACUUAUUGACCAUCAACGCGGCUAUUGCAUUGAUUUAGCCGUCAUUCUAAUUACAUCCCUCGUCGGAUUCAUAAACUGUUUAAUGGCCAAUUUGCCAUGUUUAGAAAGAUUUAAUCCUCAAGUUGACUGGAAGGAAAACAAAAAAUGGCAAAUGUCAUGGUUUGUCUUCACUCCAUAUGUCAUGUGCACCAUUCUUGGAUUCUUGGCGCUUCAUUACAGGCACUGGGGUCUAUCUAGGUUCAUUAGAGGAAAUAUCUGGAUUGUAGGACUAAUGUCUGUCACCAUUAAUGCGUGCACAAGAGCUGCAAUAUCCGUGGCAUUCAGUGCUGCUCCAAGCCAAAAGAGCUGUGAAAAGGAUAGUCUAACGGAAAAAUAUAGGGAUAACGACCCUGAUGUCGUUCCAAAACUUGUAGCGUUCAAUUCAUUGGCGUACCAACUACUUGGAAAUGUUGUUACCACAACUGGAGCAGGCUAUCACCGCGUAUACGAACGAUAUCAAAAGGAUAAGACACACUGGCCAACUCAAGACUAUAAUGCCUUUUCAGCCUUUUGGUUCUGGGUAGCUUCUGGAAGCAAAGAGGCGUGGAACUCCUUCACACAUUCCUUUACCAGCGAUCUAAGGGCUGAGCUCACGAAAGAAAAUUAA